AUGUGCGUCCGUCGUUGUGUCUCUUGUCCUUCUAGAGGUCAUUUUGACGUGUUUUCUUGGUUGGCCAUUCUCAGAGACUUGUCUGAUUUUGGUCGCGAGUUGUGCGGCAGGUACCUUACCCGUUUAUGUUCGGUCCAUCAACUGGGGGUCGUAAUUGGUCGUCUUGUUCGGCUAUACGACGUGUCGAUUAUUCGCGUCAGCUUUUCUUUUGAGCCAUUAAAACUGCAGGGAUAUGUGUCUAUAGACACGAUUCGACGUCGUCGCGCCGAGAAGGCGCGAAAUAAGUGUCAAUGGUUUCACGAUGGUCUGGACUUGACCUGUUCUCAGUUGGACGAUUUUGAUUACCUUGGGAUUCGCUGGAUACAUGAGGGGAAAUUUGGUGUUUGUCCUCAUCCUACUGAGGAUUGGUUCUACCCUGCUUGGACUCACCCUCAAGGUCUUCUCUCCGUUUACGACUUAUAA